UUCGCUCUCAACUUUAAUAAUUUGUAAAGUCUUAUUAGAGAUUUUCAAAAAUAAAAUUAAUUUUAUUUCUAGGUUUUCACAUUGUUUAUAUGAGUUUUGCCAUCUGUAGAUUUUACCAACAAUUGUGGUUUAAUCAGUUAGAAAUAGAGAAGAGUCAUUAACCAGGAGAAAAUGUCAAAUCUAAAAAUGAAAGAGGCGGCCCUCAUCUAUCUUGACAGAAGUGGAGGCCUCCAAAAGUUUAUAGAUGAUUGCAAGUACUACAAUGAUUCAAAACAAAGCUAUGCUGUCUAUCGAUUCAAAAUUUUAAUAAAUCCAUCUGAUGUUGUUGAAUUAGAUGCUAAGCUUGGAAAUCACAUUUUACACCAACCUUUAAAAGCUGCUGAAGUUUUUCAAUCAGUCUGUUUUAUUGCUGUUAAGACUCUCUCAUUAAUUGGACAAUUGCAGACUGAAACCCAAAUUAAUAUAGUGCUGAAAUUAUCACAUUUACCUCCCCUGCCAAGUUAUAGUCUUGAUCUUUGUGAGUUUCCACUUGAUUAUACAUCUCAGAGAUUUUAUGUGAUGCAAGGAAUUGUGAUUGCAAUGACAACUGUAACCAAGUAUACACAAGGUGCAAGAUUCCUUUGUUCAGAUGAAGCGUGCCCUCUUUCAAAAGGAUUUCAGUAUAUAAGAGUGCAUGUCCCUGGUGCUACAGAAUCUGCAACAAUAAGAAAUGACUUUUUGUGUGAUCUGUGUGCAUCUUCACUUCAAGAAGACAGAAAAUUUAGAGUACUUGGUGAUAAACAAAUAGUUGAAAUAAUUACCACAAAGGCACUUCAUGCUUUUCAAGGAUAUUCUAACAACCAGCCAUUUAGGUUUCAAUCUCUUACAAUUUUCCUAAGAGAUGAAUCAGUGAAUAAAAUGAAUAUGGGAAAUGAAUAUAACAUUAUUGGAAUUCCAACCUGUGUAAAAACCUCACAAACUGCUGUCUGUAUAGAAGCAAAUAGCAUAACUUUUUGUAAUUCAAAAGUUCCUUCAGGAAUUAGUGACAACUUCAAGUGUCUUCUCUCCUUAACUUCAAGCUCAUGCUGGAAAUUUACAGCAAUACUUGCCAAUAUCUUUGCAUCACAGAUUACUCCUCCUGGGACUUACAAUUUGCUGAAGCUCUGUUUGUUGAUGAGUCUGGUACAGAUAACUGACCGUAACAAGGAACUGGAAGAUUGUCUGGAUAUUUUAAUAAUAACAAGUGAUACUCUACUUGCAGAGAGGCUUUUGAAUUUUAGCAUAAACCUUAUUCCUCGUGGUAUACGUCAUCCAGUCUCUACUGAAAUUUUUCCCACUUUAUCCAGGAAUAAGUAUGGAACUGGAGCAGUUAGCAUUCAAGCUGGCAGUGCUUUGCUAGCUAAAGGUGGUAUCUGCUUUAUAGGAGACUUGGCUUCACACAAAAAAGAUAAACUUGAACAGCUUCAAUCAGUUCUGGAGAGUAGAAGCAUCACAGUGUACAUCCCAGGAAAGAAGUUUGGGGAGGAUAUUGAUCAACAGAUGACUUUUCCAGUUCAGUGCAGCUUUUGGUCUUUUGUUGAUAUGGAUUCAUCUUCAAGGAGAAAUGCACAGAAAAUCAACACUCUAAUUGGUCAGAUGGAUUGCAGUUUGAUUCCUGCUAACCUUGUGGAGGCAUUUGGUUUAUUGAUUAACUGCAAUGAGUCAUCUCCCUGCCACCCAUUUCUUCCUACUGUGCAGCAUACUUUGAAGAAAGCCAUUAAUCCUGAAGGGCUGCUUUAUGUGGCUUCUAGACAAUUUACAACUGAAGAUUUUGAAAAGCUACUGGCUUUUGCAAAGAAUUUGAAUGUAGAAUUCAGCUUGGAAGCAGAAAGAAUGAUUCAUGGCUAUUAUCUAGCAAGUCGAAGAAUCAGAACUGACUCUAUAUGUGGAUCAAAACUGUCAGCAUCUGCAUUAAAAUAUCUCGUUUCCCUAUCUGAAGCCCAUGCACGACUGAACUUAAGGAACGAAGUGCGUAAAGAAGAUGUGCUGAUUGCAGCCUUGCUAUUUGAAACAUCCCUCACAUUGAAAUAUGGGGCCACUGUAUUUUGUGUUGCUCCGAAUGCAGUAUUUCCAUUUGAACUGUAUAAUGAAGAAUACUUAGAGCAAAGGGAUCUCUAUCUGACUCAGUGCCAACAACAGCUGGAACAGUUUAUUGCCACAUAUGGACCUGGGACAACUAUUUUCUCUAGUGAUGAAUAAGCAAUUUGAGGAAUUUUUGUUCAUUCCUACCUAAGCAGUGGAGAAAAAGUGUGAGUAUUUUGAGAGUGACUUUGAAUACAUGCUUCCAUAAUACCGUGUACAGGAAUAUAUUACAAUACUAUUUUAAAAAAUGCAAAAUAUAGUCCCCUCAAAAUUGCUAGGAGGAUAAAUACUAAUCCAAACCUCUAAAACCAACAGAAUUUUAAAACAUAGAACAAUGUGGGCAAUUUGAAAUGAUAAAGUUGUCAAGGAGAAUGCUAUAAAGAAAAACCGUAUGGUUAGCCCAGAAUACCAGUGGUGAACAGAUAAAAAUGUAAAGAAUGUUGCAAUCUAAGCAAUAUGAAAAAUGGCAACCUUUAUGUUAGUUCACUCUAAUGUCACAAGAUGGCAAUAACUCUUUACCUACAAAUGAUUCUAAAACAUUUUUCUUCCACUUGUGAACUUGCUAAACUGACGAGUAAAUACUUUAAACGUGA